AUGGUGCUCUCCGAGUACACCUACAUUUUCGCGAUAGGCACCUUCUUUGCCCUACUCGAAGCGUACAACAACGGCGCCAAUGACGUCGCUAACGCCUGGGCGACGAGCGUAUCGUCGCGGUCUGUCACGUAUCGACAAGCUAUGAUUCUCUGCCUGAUCUUCGAGAUGACCGGUGCCCUCGCCGUGGGCGCCAGAACCGCAUCAACGAUCAAGAAUGGCAUCAUACCCAUCUCAGCCUUCAACGACAACGCCGGAGUCCAGCUCCUUGCCUUCACCUGUGCAUCUGCCGGUGCAGCUAUCUGGGUCAUGUGGUGUACACGCCACAACGCCCACGUGUCCUCGACAUACUCUCUUGUUUCCUCAAUUGCUGGUGUCGGUGUCGCGACUGUCGGUGCGCGUGGCGUCCAAUGGGGCUGGAACGGUGGCCAGGGUCUGGGCGCUAUCUUCUCAGGUCUGGCUAUGGCUCCUGUCAUCUCAGGCUGCUUCGCUGCGACCAUCUUUCUGCUUGUCAAGUGGGUUGUCCAUCUCCGUACCAACCCGGUGCCUUGGGCUGUGUGGACGUCUCCCUGCUUCUUCCUGAUCGCUGGCACAAUCUGUUCCCUGUCGAUUGUCUACAAGGGAUCACCAAAUCUUGGUCUGUCCAACAAGCCGGCUUGGUUUAUUGCCAGUGUCUCGCUCGGUACUGGCUUCGGUCUCUUCGUCUUGGCCGCCAUUUUCUUCGUCCCCUAUGUCCAUGCCAAAGUCGUCAAGAAGGACUACACCCUCAAGUUGUACCAUAUCUACCAAGGACCUCUCCUCUUUAAACGCCCUGCCCCACCGGACGCGGACCGCGCCAAAGUCCCUAAUUAUGCUGUCUUACAGCAUGGUGGUGAGGACGAGAAGGAUGAUUCCUCAUCUGAACACAGUGUCACCAAAGUUCACACCGACCGGGAGAAAUCUGCCAUCAAGGGAGAUGACAUCGUCACUGCCGCCGUUCCAGCCAAGCCUCGGACUCUCGCUGAGGAGGAAGGCGCCGCAGCCCUAACCCCCCAUGAACAAUAUCAAUUACUUCUCAAGAAAGCUCUUGAGCGCCAUCACGCCGACCUCCGGAAGAAGCGGGGUCCUCUUGGUUGGGCCAUGCGUACCCUGCACGCUAACCCCAUGGGAGCCGGCUCCAUCCAUGAGCUGCACAAUCUGAAGGCUCUCUGCAUCCGCCUACCUGCGUACGUUGUCGUUGCCCUCCUCUACGGUCUGUACUACGACAUCCACAAGGCUCAAGUUGGUGUCCUGGGCACUCCGGAAGGUCGUCGCAUGGACGGCGUCUAUGCUCACGCAACCAAGUACCCCAAUGAGGUUGAAUAUUUGUACUCGUUUGUUCAGAUCAUCACCGCCUGCACUGCGUCCUUCGCCCAUGGUGCAAAUGAUGUCGGCAACGCUGUUGGUGUCUGGGCUGCCAUGUAUUCUGCGUGGUCUACUUCUACAGCCAUCGCUGCUAAGGCCCCGGUGCCCCUCUGGCAAAUUGCCGUUACUGCCUUGGCCAUUUGCAUUGGCUUUAUCACUUAUGGUUACAACAUCAUGAAAGUCAUGGGCAACAAGAUCACCUACCACUCUCCCUCCCGUGGCUCCUCCAUGGAGAUGGGUGCUGCUAUCACUAUCCUCGUCUUCUCUCAGUACAAGCUGCCUGUGUCGACCUCGAUGUGCAUCACCGGUGCUACUGUUGGCGUCGGUCUUUGCAACGGCACCCUCAAGGCUGUUAACUGGCACCGAGUUGGUCUCCUCUUCUUCUCUUGGCUUAUGACGAUUCCCAUUGCCGGUCUUAUUGGUGGUUGUUUGAUGGGUCUCACGCUCAACACUCCUUCCUUCUGA